CUCAUCAGAGGGUUUGCGUGUCUGAGUUUUUCUUCAUCUGACUCCUGUGUCUCUCAGUCUUUUACGUGUUGGGUCGCCAUGGGAAGAGCUCCAUGCUGUGACAAAGCUAACGUGAAGCGAGGGCCAUGGUCUCCUGAAGAAGAUGCAGCUCUCAAGACCUAUCUUGAGACUUACGGCACUGGUGGAAAUUGGAUGGCUUUGCCCGGAAAAGCUGGCCUAAGGAGAUGUGGGAAAAGUUGCCGUUUAAGAUGGCUUAAUUAUCUUAGACCAGACAUCAAGCAUGGAGGAUUUACUGAAGAGGAAGACAACACUAUUUUUACCCUCUACUGCCAAAUGGGCAGCAGAUGGUCUGUGAUUGCAUCUAAACUACCUGGAAGAACAGACAAUGAUGUGAAGAACUAUUGGAACACCAAAUUGAAGAAGAAGCUUUGGGCAGGAAAUGUGAGCGACACAACAAAGAGUGACCACCAAAUCUCUGCUGAGAAUCACACCCUUGUUGGCUCAACACCCUCACUGCAUUGUGUCUCAAAAGCUGAAAAUCAUAGUUUUGGUAUUUCAGCUUUCCAAGCUCAGAAUCCUGCUGAUGUUGGUUCUGGACUUUCUGCAAAUUCUCACAGCCUGAAUUCAGAUCCAAUUCAAUUAUAUUGCUCGGGGUUCAUGGAUGUUUUGGAAUUUGGUUCAAGUUCAAAGAACAUUUGCAUUGUGUCUCAAGAAAACUCUGGCUUCUCAAAUUUGCAGUGUCUCCCGGUGGCUGGAAAUCAUGACGAGGUAGAAGAUUCUGAGGUUUUAGAGGAUUUUGGCUUCGGAUCUCCUUAUGGUGUUGGCAAUGGGCUAUCAUGUUUUCAACAGAAAACUAGUGAAGCUGCUCCACCUUGCUAUCCAAAUUUGGCUGAUUUAACAUAUGCUGAUAUGAAGCCACAAGGACUUGAUCAAAGUGUUAUAGACCAAUAUUGAACAGAGAGAAAGGCCAAGGAAUUAGCUCGUGAAAGUUUCUCUUGAAAAUACUGCAAUUAAACACAGUUGUACAGAGCAAUUAAAGACGAGUUUCAGGAGCAUGUAAUGUAAAUCAAAUUUAUAAGUAAAUGAGUAAGAGCAGAAACAAUUAAAUCUGU